GUGGUGUGGUGUCAACCGUUUCUUCUUUUUUUGCUUCAAAAGUCUUUGGUGGUGUGUGUGAAUAAGACUAUGUCUAAAACCGAUUUAGAUAGAUAGAAAAGAAAAAAAGGUUUUUGUUAAUGUUGCUACAUCAUGUCCUUUUUUUUGUUGACAAAAUCCUAAAUCUUUGUUGUUUUAUUUUAUAUUCUUUUCUUAUCUCCGAUGUUUUUGGCUUAGACUCCUUGGAUUUUCUCAUUCCUGGUUGUCUCUGUCAAAAUCUCCAAUACUGACAAAGAAUCGGUUAAGUGUGAAAUAUAGAAAAAAAUUUAGAAUCCUCUCUUUCAUAUGGGUCACUGUUUUGUGAUUUUUCAAUUUUCUGUUGUUGAACAAAGUGUGAAUCUUGGAUCAGAAAGGAAGGGUCUUUCUUGUCUUCUUCCCUUUUCUAUCUGUUUCUGGAAUAGUCUAUCUAUUAUUAAAAGUCUUAUUAUGUCUUCUGUUUUUAUAUAAAAUAAUUGAAUCUUGUUUAAAGGUCAAAUAGUUCAGAGUGUGGGGAAUCAAUCAUCAAAAACUGAAAAGUUCCUAGGCAAAAGUGACAGGGUCAAUUUUGGGUAAAAAGGGUUGAACUAUAUAUAAGAGUCAGAAUGGAAGGAAUUGAGUGGUGUUGUUCUAUUUUCUUUUAUGGGGUUUGAGGUUUUGACUAACACCAAGAGUGUGAACAGUUGUUGCAGUGUGGUCGGUGCAAGAGUUGAUAACAUGUCUCAGCCUAUGUCCAGUGCAAUGCAGAAUUCACCUGCCUUCUUUUCCAACCCAAGAGGAAUGGAGGGACAUAACGAGAUGGGGCUGAUUGGGGAAGGCUUGGAUUCUGGUUUGCUGGGAAGAAUGAGAGAUGAUGAGUAUGAAAGCCGGUCUGGAAGCGAUAACUUUGAUGGAGGUGCAUCUGGUGAUGAACUGGAUGGCGGUGAUGAUCUGCCGCAUAGGAGGAAGAGAUACCACAGGCACACUCCCAAUCAAAUUCAAGAGCUGGAGAAUUUCUUCAAGGAGUGUCCUCAUCCGGAUGAGAAGCAGAGGAUGGAUCUUAGCAGGAGGCUGGGAUUGGAAAAUAAGCAAGUCAAGUUCUGGUUCCAGAAUCGGCGAACCCAGAUGAAGACCCAGCUGGAACGCCAUGAGAACUUGAUGCUGAGGCAGGAGAAUGAGAAGCUCAGAGCUGAGAACACCAUGAUGAAAGAAGCCAUGAACAACCCAAUAUGUAACAGCUGUGGAGGCCCAGCCAUGCCUGGCCAGAUUUCGUUCGAGGAGCAUCAAAUACGUAUUGAAAAUGCUCGUCUCAAGGAUGAACUUAACCGUAUUUGCACUCUGACGAACAAAUUCCUGGGAAAGCCAAUGGCAUCCUUUACUAGUCCUAUGGGCCUUCCAGCCUCACAUUCUGGGCUUGAACUGGGCAUUGGGAGGAAUGGGCUUGGCAGCUCUAGCUCUCUUGGCACCCCCUUGCCAAUGGGGCUUGAUUUUGGAGAUGGUGUCAUGGGCACUCCAUCUUCAAUGCCUGGUCUCACAUCACAAAUGGGAUCAAUGAGCAGGAAUGAGCUUCAGCUCGACAGAUCAAUGCUCAUUGAUCUGGCUUUGGCUGCCAUGGAGGAGCUGCUGAAGAUGGCUCAGACAGACAGCCCUCUCUGGAUGAAGAGUGCAGACGGUGGGAAAGAAGUAUUGAACAAUGAGGAAUAUGCAAGGUCGUUUUCACCUUGCAUUGGUCCGAAACCCACCGGCUAUGUCACUGAAGCCUCUAGGGAAACAGGGGUAAUGAUGAUCAACAGUUUGGCACUUGUGGAAGCUAUGAUGGAUGCGAAUCGUUGGGCUGACAUGUUCCCAUCAAUGAUUGCAAGAGCUGCCAUUCUUGAUGUUGUAUCUGGUGGAAUAUCUAGUGGAACCAGAAAUGGUGCUUUACAAGUGAUGCAUGCAGAGGUUCAGUUGCUUUCACCACUAGUCCCUAAUCGUCAGGUGAGAUUCCUCCGGUUCUGUAAGCAGCACGCAGAAGGUGUGUGGGCUGUGGCUGAUGUUUCUGUUGAGAUGGGUCAUGACGCUGCUACCGCACAGCCAUUCAUGAGCUGUAGGAGGCUUCCUUCUGGCUGCAUUGUGCAGGACAUGCCCAAUGGUUACGCCAAGGUUACUUGGGUUGAACAUUGGGAGUAUGAUGAGAAUAUUGCCCACCAACUAUAUCGGCCAUUGCUGAAUUGUGGCAUGGGAUUUGGCGCUCAUAGAUGGAUCGCCACCCUCCAAAGACAGUCUGAAUGCUUGGCUGUCCUCAUGUCUUCCAUCUCAAGUGGUGAUCACACAGCAAUGAACCAAGAUGGUAGGAGAAGCAUGUUGAAGCUGGCACAGCGCAUGACCAAAAACUUCUGUUCUGGGGUUUGUGCUUCAUCAGUUCACAAGUGGGAGCUUCUUCACCUUGGGAACAUGGGUGAUGACAUGAGAGUGAUGACCAGGAAGAAUUUGGAUGACCCUGGCGAGCCUCACGGGAUUGUUCUCAGUGCUGCUACUUCUGUCUGGAUGCCGGUGUCGCGGCAGAGGCUGUUUGACUUUCUGCGUGAUGAGCAGCUGAGAAGCGAGUGGGACAUCUUGUCCAAUGGGGGACCAAUGCAGGAGAUGGUCCAUAUUGCUAAAGGACAAGGACAGGGAAAUUGUGUUUCUCUACUCCGUGCUAGUGCUGGUAAUGCCAAUGAAAGCACUAGCAGCAUGCUGGUUAUACAAGAGACAUGGAUGGAUGCCUCGUGUUCGGUGGUGGUGUACGCACCGGUUGAUGUGCAGUCUCUGAAUGUGGUGAUGAGCGGUGGUGAUUCUGCAUAUGUGGCACUCUUGCCUUCAGGUUUCGCCAUUCUUCCUGAUGGUGGUGGCCACAACAAUGACAGUUCCAACAAAAGCAGUACUUCACAGAAGGGUGUUGCCGCGGCUGAUGGUGGUAGUGGUGGAUGUUUGCUCACAGUUGGCUUCCAAAUCCUGGUGAACAACAUGCCAACCGCAAAUCUAUCCGUGGAGUCCGUUGAUACUGUCAACAACCUCAUCUCAUGCACUAUCCAGAAGAUAAAAGCUUCGCCAUCUCUCCUAGCUGCAUAACAACCAUUUUGUUAUGCAGUGCAACACCUUACUUUUCUGCACCUUUUUUUCUCUUACAAAACAUUGAAUUUUUGAAAGGUUUCAUAUUAUAUAUCUGGGUGUAUAGGCUUCGCAUAAGUGAGGUUUGGAGUCAAGAGCGAACCGCAAAAGAGGAACCUCAAGUUUUCUGUUCCUGCUGGUUCGGGUAUUGACUCGUUGACCUGCGAAUUUGUCUUCGCACUCUUAUCCAACAAAACUUGGGCCUCUUAUUUAUAAUUUCGUCCUAUACAUUUGCCAAUGGAAAGUGUUGAACUAUUAUACCUUUUGAAAUGGAUUUUCAUAUUGUAGACAAUUGUUCUACUUUAUAUUUUACCUUGGGAUUA